CUUGGGGCCUCAUUGCUUCAGACGCUCACCCCAGACACUCACUGAACCGGCGUGAGCACGACCAUCAUGUCCAUGCUGGUGGCCUUUCUCUUGUUCUGGGGUCUCCCGAUGGGCCCAGUGACAGAAGCAGCCACAUUUUAUGAGACCCAGCCCAGCCUGUGGGCAGAGUCCGAAUCGCUGCUGAAACCCUCAGCCAAUGUGAUGCUGACGUGCCAGGCCCGCCUGGGGACCCCAGACUUCCAGCUGUUCAAGAAUGGGGUGGCCCAGGAGCCCGUGCACCUUGACUCACCUGCCAUCAAGCACCAGUUCCUGCUGACGGGUGACACCCAGGGCCGCUACCGCUGCCGCUCAGGGUUGUUCACAAGAUGGACCCAGCUGAGCAAGCUCCUGGAGCUGACGGGGCCAAAGUCCUUGCCUCCUCCCUGGCUCUCAAUGACGCCUGUGUCCUGGAUCACACCCGGCCUGAACACAACAGCAGUGUGCCGAGGCGGGCUUCGGGGUGUGACUUUUCUGCUGAAGCGGGAAGGCGACCAUGAGUUUCUGGAGAUGCCUGAGGCCCAGGAGGGUGUGGAGGCCGCCUUUCCUGUCCACCGGGCUGGCAACUAUAGCUGCAGCUACCGGACCCAUGUGGCAGGCGCCCUCUCUGAGCCCAGCGCUACCGUGAUCAUUGAGGAGCUCGCUGCACCACCACCGCCUGUGCUGAUGCACCGUGGAGAGUCCGCCCAGGUCCUGCGCCCUGGUAACAAGGUGACCCUCGCCUGCGUGGCUCCCCUGAGUGGAGUGCACUUCCAGCUGUGGCGCGGGGAGAAAGAGCUGCUGGUACCCGGGAGCAGCACCAGCCCAGACCGCAUCUUCUUUCACCUCAACGCGGUGGCCCUGGGGGAUGGAGGUCACUACACCUGCCGCUACCGGCUGCAUGACAACGAAAACGCCUGGUCCGGGGACAGUGUGCCAGUCGAGCUGAUUCUGAGCGAUGAGACGCUGCCUGCGCCGGAGUUCACUGCGGAGCCUUCGAGUCGGAACCCGGAGCCCGGCACACGCGUGCGGCUGCGGUGCCUGGCGCCCCUGGAGGGCGUGCGCUUCGCCCUGGUGCGCGAGGACGGGGACGGGCACCGCGUGCACCGUUUGCAGAGCCCCGCUGGGACCGAGGCGCUCUUCGAGCUGCACAACAUUUCGGUGGCCGACUCCGCCAACUACAGCUGCGUCUACGUGGACCUGAAGCCGCCUUUUGGGGGCUCCGCGCCCAGCGAGCGCUUGGAGCUGCGUGUGGACGGACCCCCUCCCAGGCCUCAGCUCCGGGCGGCGUGGAGUGGGGCGGUGCUGGCGGGCCGAGACGCCGUCCUGCGCUGCGAGGGCCCCAUCCCCGACGUCACCUUCGAGCUGCUGCGCGAGGGCGAGACGAAGGCCGUGGACACGGUCCGCACCCCCGAGGCCGCUGCAAAGCUGGAGCUGACCUUCGUGGGGCCCCAGCACGCUGGCAGCUACAGGUGCCGCUACCGCUCCUGGGGGCCCAACACCUUCGAGUCGGAGCUCAGCGACCCCGUGGAGCUCCUGGUGGCAGGUGACGUUUCCCUGGGUCCCGUCCGCUGGCGUUUGCCUGGGCUGUGCCCACCUCCAGGAGGGCCUCUCCCGGCUCCUCCCUUGGGCACCGUGGUUAGCGCUGGGUCUCCCCAGGGCUCGUGGGGGAAUCGCGGGCGAGGAAGCGCCCAGCAAAGGCUUUGUAGCUGGAGGCGCAGAUGGGGGUCUCGGCUGGCAGCCCAUCACGCGCUUCCUUCCCGGGGGCGUCAGGGAGGUCGGCCUUGAUUUCCGCAGGGAGGAGGGUAUAGGAUUUUCCCUCCUCCUCCACUUCUCUUUUCUCCCCUUGUCUAGAAAGCUGAUGCAGCCGCGGGCCCAGGGUGCUGCUGGUGUCCUCAGAAGUGCGGGGGAUUCUGGACUG